AUGAUCAUGGGGGCUGGGAAGUCGACUAUCAUAGGCCCGCUCCUCAGCCUCAUGCUCGCAGACGGGGACCGCCUGGUCAUGGUGAUCUGCCCCGAGGCGCUGCUGCCGAUGUCGCGGAACUGCCUCACGGGCAUCCUCGGCUCCGUGCUCGCCCGCCGCGUGUACUAUUUCUCCUGGAGGAGGGAGAGGAUCCAGGAGGAGAAAAAGAUGGACACUUCCAGCGAGUCGACCCCUGUGGCUGAUAAAGUGGCCACUGUCCGCCAGACCAUGGAGCGGGCUGCUCAGGAUCAGGGCUGCUUCAUCACUACGCCCAGCUGCGUCAAGACGUUUUUUCUGCAGUACGUGAGCGCGAUGGUGGACGCUGCAAAGGUUGAUCCUGCCCUCACUCUUCCCGGCUCGGAGCUGAAGAAGCAGAAGUGGGGUAAAUCUUUGGGCCAGGUGCUGGGGUGGUUCAGGGAGCGCGAGCGGGUCUCGGACGAGAUGGCGCGGGUGUUGACAUUUUGGAAGCAGAAGUGCAUCGCCGUGAUCGACGAGGUGGAUUUGGUGUUGCACCCUCUCAAGAGCGAGCUCAACUUCCCCAUCGGCAAUUUGGAGCCCCUCCAGCCUUCUCCGCAGCGCUACACCCUCCCCAUGUUCUUGCUGCAGGCGCUCGUGGCAGCUGCAAACGGCACGAAGCCCAUGGACGCUGCCAAGGAUGAGGAAUCCGCGGUGGCAGCCAGCGAGAUCUUGGCUGCUGUCUCCUCGGGCAUUGCAGACUCCGCGGUGCAGCGCAGCCCCAACCUGGUGAUCAUGUCCAAAGACUGGUACAGGGAGAAGUUGCGGCUGCCCAUGGGCAAGUGGGCCCUCGUCUUCCUGCAGCGUUACCUCAAGGGGGACCCAGAGCUUGUGAAGCACGUGCUGAAGGAUCUCCAGCCGGUCUGCUACCAUCUCUUCAGGAAGGAGACCGUCGAUUUUAUAGUCGAGAGUGUCCACGUUGGACAGUCCAUCUCUGACGACCUGUCUGUCGACCGACAACUUUCGGAAGGGAAUGGCGCCUCUGACAAUGUGGCGACAAACCUCAGGGAGCAGAAACAUCAUAUCGACGACGCGAACCGUCGUUGGGACGCGUGGUGGCGAGAGAACAAGGACACCCUCCUCCUCUACAUCGGCGCCAUGGGGAGCGACAUCGAGCAGCAUAGGGCGUGCGAGCUGGUUGUGUCCUGGGCUCUCACUGACCACAGCAAGCGCGUCCUAAACAAGUGCAGAGAGUGGAUCUGCGCGCUCCUUGUGCAUUGCCUCAGCAAGAGGAACCGAAUCGACUACGGGCUCCUCAUCGCAGCAGACGCGGAGAACAAGGUGGUCGCCACUGUCGAACAGGCCAGCAGGCAGGUGAUGGCAGUGCCAUUCACUGGCAAGGAUCGACCUUCUCAAGCUGCCGAGUUCGCCUCUCCCGACGUCGCGAUCGGACUGACUUACCUGGCUUACCACUACGAGGGUCUCCGGAGGUUCAUGUUCCACAUCCUCGUGAUGUUGUUGAAGGAGGAGAUGAAGAAGGAGCCAGGGCCGUUCAGUAUCAGGGCUCACUGGAAGGUGUUCCAGGACUGGAUCGAGGAGGCGAAGAACAGAAACCACAAGUUUGAGGUCCUGUCGCUGGACCUUUUCCAGCCAAACGAAUUGGAACAGCUUAGCCAGCUCCAGGAGCUGUUGAAGGAUUCGCCGACGGUCCGAAAUUAUCUGCUUGAGAAGUACGUCUUCGCCAGGACAGCCUUCAUCAAUCCCCAGGAGGAGGUGUCCCAGCGGCCCGGCACCCGUGCCGCGAUGAUGCGGCUGUCCAGCAGUUCAAUGGAUCUGGGUGGAAAGAUGCUGUUCAACGUUCGAUUGGGAUUCACUGGCACGCCCAGCGAGGUACUUCCUCGCGAUUUUGAGAACGAGAAGGGCGAGCGCUGCGUUUACGAGGACGAGAGCGACGCCGAGAUCAUCCGCACGCUGACCUCGAGAAAAUGCGUGUCCGUAGAGCUGGUAAAGAGCGCGCACUUAGCUGGCAAGUCAAACAAACCCGGCGUGGUUUGGGACGUGGAGUCGCUGCUGCAGUACAUCAGCGAGCGGGCUGUCGCGAUGAAGUGGUCUGCGCUGAUCGACACCGGUGCGCUCAUCACCGGUUACGACAACGUCGGAGUGGCGAGAGAGCUCAUGAACCGAGGGUUGCGGGACGCGGGCGUGAAGGGCGUCGUGUAUUUGGAUGAUCAGGACAAUCAGUGUGUGGUAAUGGCCGACGGCCGCGAGCGUGUACCAUUUGCCACCUGCGGCCUGAAGCCGAACGAGCGGUUUACUUUUUUCGAUCAGGUGCACUGCACCGGUACAGACAUACCUCAGGUUCCCAAUGCCGUCGGAGUCGCUACGCUUGGGAAGGGAAUGACUUUGAGAGACCACGCGCAAGCCUGCUGGCGUAUGCGUAAGUUCGGCAAGGGACAGACAAUCGUGGUGCUUGCGAUCCCAGAGGUCAUGACGCAGGUCGAAAAAAUCAAGAGCAAACUCCCCCCAGAACCAGACGAACAGAAGGGACUGCUAAGGGACAUCAUGGCCUGGCUUCUUGACGCUCAGAUCUCCAGCGAGAGCACCCAGAGGGAGGGUCUCGCUCUGCAGCAGCUUCGAGACUGCUUCCGCCAGGAUGCGAUGCAGAGGAUGCUUGCCUCGAAGCAACCGGCCAUCUUCCGUGAAGGCGAUGUUGUCAAGGUUUUACCAGACACCUCAGGUCAGCGCGAUAUUUUCAACAACCCAAUCGAGCCAUCUCCAGAUGAGGUGAAGGAGCUCGUGAUUCUGUCCACGGAGCGUUUGGCAGAAGGAACUGUAAAGGUUCAUUGGCCUGAUGAUGAGGAGCCCAAGGAAGUUGGUCUCGAACGGGUCUCUUUGAUUGACGAUUACAACAGUUUGAGGACUCGCUUCCAUCCUGAAGCGACGUACUUGAAUUCAGAGCUUUCCAAUAGGCUCAAGCAUCUUCAGGCCAAGGUCUUCGGCAUCACGAAAGUUACACUCACCGAGGACAAGACGGCCGACCUGGAGGCGGCAAAGGAGGACGCUACGGAAGCUGUGAAAGUUGUGGAUGAGCGGAUGGACGAAAUCUUGCGAAAAUGUAUACUCGUUCAUCGUGAGGAUCCGAAAUCAGCAGUGCAGCGUACGAAGAGAGAAAUGCACGACUUGUUGACAAAAGACACAAUCGUUGCAAGGAAUCAUUUGGUGUACACGUACGCCAUGAAAAACAAUAUCAACCAGAGUAAGGCUAUUCUGAAGGAGCGCAAGAAGCUUCUGAACGAAUACUGCAAGCUGAGCCUGAUCGGCGAGGAGGACACUCCUAACUUUCUGUUCCAGGACGAGCAGGAAGCCGGUAAGACACUGGAGAGUUCCAAAGACCCCAAAAAGCCUGACGAGAGCGAGAACAAGGCCGACGUGGAACCGCCGGCGGACUCAAUAGUGCCGGAGCCGAAGGCGCUGCAGCUGCUCAAAGCGUCACCGGGCUCUCCGCACCUGCUGCUGCGCGCCAGCGUGGAGGCCUUCUGCGAGGAGAUGUCGGCCCUGCAGGUCUCUGCGAAGAUCGAUCUCCUGCCGCGCACGCUCGACCGGCAGUUGAGCGACCUCAAGCGCGAGUACGAAAAGUUGAGUCGAGAGGAGAUGAUGGGCGUUGUGAACGAUUUAGUGCGUCAGGCGAAGCCCAAGGUGGGUCCCAAGGACUGCAAGGAGGGAAAUCAGAGCCUCGACUCCGAGAUGUGCCAGGAGCAGGAGCAAGAGCAAGAGAAGGAGGAACAAAUCGAGGGUGAAGAUGAGAAAGAAAAUCGGCAGUUCAUGGACCUGCCGGAGCUGACUCAAUGGAGCGCAAGUGGUAUGUAUCAAGGCAGUGCCAACCUCAUGAAGGAUAGGUUCUUUCCUCUGAAAGAUUUGGUGCCGCAGUUUGCUUCAAAAGGGGGUAAGGCUGUUCCAAAACUGCAGAUCGAAACCGACCUCCUGUUAAGCUCGAAUUUCGCCGAGAAGGAGCUCAAGGAGGACGUGAAAGACGGCGUCUCAAAGCGUCGUCUACCCAACGCCAGCGUGCUGCUAUAUCUGAAGCACGGGAGCCGGGGAUCUUGGAUCAUCCUCGGCCUUGCGGAAGCAGAGUCGCUGCGCACCUGGAUUCUCGCCACGCACCAGUCUGACAGAAUGGGGCUGGUCACCACAUGCGGCCAGUGGCUCACGGCGCCGGUCGAGAAUCUCACCAUGCGGCCCGAGCUGAAGGAUCCGAUGCUGACGGACGGUAUGCCGCCUCUGAGCACCGGCGCUCCGCUGGUCUUCACGAGGUUCUUCAAUUGCGAGGUUCAUUUCGACGAGCUGCAGCUCGUGUCCCUUGUCAACGUGCUCAGCAGGAACCCGAUCUCGGCGAGGGAGGAGUGGCUGCAGGCCGUCCGGGAGGGCCGCAGGCGCGAUCGCAAGGACAUCAAGCACACAGUCGCGGAGCAGGCCAUCCACACCAAGGACGCGGAGGCACUACAGGCUAUACGGAGGGGGAUCCAGGUGAUCCGGGAGGACAUCAGGACCAGGUUCGGCGAAAUCGAAUAUGCUUUCCGCAAGCUCAAGAAGGAAGAGGACGACUUCCUCGACAGGAAGGAUUUUAUGGACGCGUUCAGCAAGACGUCCCUGACGCAGCAGGACUCCGACCUGCAGAAGGUCUACAACCACGUGGACUCCAGUGGGGACGGCCUCAUCGAGCUUCAGGAGAUCGAUUCCUCAGCACCCUCGGCAUCGGCGGGACGUCUCUCGCCGACCGCGUUCGGCUGCUGGUGGAGGCCAGCAGCAGUGCUGCGAGGAAGGCCUUCGUCGGAGACAAGGUGA